AUGUCUCAUUCGACCCAGAGCCAAGGCCCCUACACUCCUCGGGGAGUCAAGGGAAACCCAAUCCUCAUUGACAGCAGCUCUGCUGGCGAAAUCGUGGAAGACACCGACAUGGACGAAGAAGACGAUCAUGCCGCGAAGCGAGGUCGCAACACCAUUAGAGGUGUUGAUGGAGACGCCAUCGAGCUUUUCAGCAGACGAGAGGGGUUGGUGUCGCUGGACGCGAUGAUUGCUGCCCUCACCCAUGGCACCGACAAUGAAACGAACGAAUUCAUUGCUGAAGGCAAUGAAGAGUUUUACGCCCUCGCCUCGGCCCUCGACUAUGCUGGCCGCGACGACAGCGACGCUGCUGUCAACCAGGACCUCUCCACCGAUGAGAGCGUUCUGGUCUCUUACGAGGCCAGAUUCCGCGUCCCAUCUUGCGCCUCCAGACUGCGUACCAAGUAUGAAGAAACUAACAGCAUUAUAGACGACGGCACUCAGGGCGCCGAACUCGAUCAACCCGCCGCGGCUAUUCUUCGUGAGCCGGCGCGCAAGCCAACCCACCCGUUCUGUUUCGCAACGAAAUGGUACAAAGGUAUAAAGAAUACCGGUCGCCGCUUACUUCGCCUGCCCAAGGAGGCCAAUGCUCCUAUCCCGGAGCCGGCAAAUCCACCACAGGCAACGUCCUCGCCUACCGCCGAAGAUGCCGCCCGUUACAACACAACGCAGGUAGUACCAUUGCCUUCCGAGGAUGCCUCUCACAGCGAGGCAAGCCAGGACAUUCCAGCGACUGAUAUCUCGCCACAGUCCUGCGAUAUGGAUAGAGUUCUUGCUGAGAUUGAGGCGACUAUACAAGCCAAUGCUGAGUCGGCCGCUGCGAAAGGCCCCCCCUCGGGUGAGGAACCAACCGAGGGAGAUGAAGCCUUGAGCUUAAUCCCCGACAUCGUCACAGUGACUCCUCUCCAGGGGGCGGCGGACAUGACACCUUCCAAGAUGCCACUGCCUGACCAUGCUGUCGAUAAUUCGGAAAUUAUUAUAAAGGUCGUCCUCUCGACCGUAGUCAAAGGUCCCCGCCCACAACCCGCUGCGGCCCCACUGCGGUCGAAGCAGGUCAGAGGCUCCCGGCCGCAACCGCACUGGAACGUCGCUCACGACAACGACGAUAUGUUUACGCCGGCGCCAGAAGCCGCGGCCGCCUCAUCCGUCGCGCUCGGCAAGUCGGCUCUGCCCACCCUCCCUGGUCAGCCGAGUCUAUGGAACGCCGCAUCCCCGGGCGAGGAUGUCUUCACGGCGCGGACCCCUCCACCUACCGCCGCAAGGAGAAUCGUGGCUCGGCGUCGGGGCUACAACCCCGACCCGGCCAUCCAGACACUCAAGACGAGGGCCGACUACGCCCAGUACCACAUCAGCUCGAACCCGUUUUGGCGCUCGAUCUUCCUGGGCAGAUACCAGGACCCUGAUGAUGGAGCGGUAUGCGAGAAGCGAAGAAAGCUUCAGCAUCGCCGAGGCCCUGCUGGCCAGUAG